CUCUGUGCUGUUCAGAAUCACCUCUAGAAGCUUCACAUUCCUUCUGUACAAUGAACCUCAGCACUACAAACCACCAAGUAUCCCUAAAUGAUGGAAGCAGCAUUCCAAUCAUUGGGCUUGGAACCUUUUCAGAUCCUAAACCGGUCCCUGGAAAGACCUAUGUGGCAGUGAAGACAGCUAUUGAUGAGGGGUACCGGCACAUCGAUGGGGCCCACCUCUACAACAAUGAGCAUGAAGUUGGUGAGGCCAUCAGAGAAAAGAUAGCAGAAGGGAAGGUGAAGAGGGAAGAGAUUUUCUACUGCGGGAAGUUAUGGUGUACAGAGCAUGUCCCAGAGUUGGUCCGCCCAGCCCUGGAAAGGACGCUAAAGGCCCUCCAGCUAGAUUACAUAGACCUUUAUAUCAUUGAAUUGCCCAUGGCCUUUAAGCCUGGAAAGGAAACUUAUCCUGUAGAUGAAAAUAACCGAGUGAUAUACUACAAAUCAAAUCUGUGUGCCACGUGGGAGGCAUUGGAAGCUUGCAAAGAUGCUGGCUUGGUGAAAUCCCUUGGGGUGUCUAAUUUUAACCGCAGGCAGCUGGAGCUCAUCUUGAACAAGCCAGGACUCAAGUACAAGCCAGUCACCAACCAGGUGGAGUGCCACCCGUAUUUCACCCAGGCAAAGCUCUUGAAAUUCUGCCAGCAGCACGACAUCGUCAUUGUCGCCUAUAGCCCCUUAGGGACCUGUCGCAACCCAUCAUGGGUGAAUGUAUCUUCUCCACCCUUGUUAAAUGACGAACUCCUAACCUCACUGGGGAAAAAGUACAACAAGACACAGGCUCAAAUCGUGUUGCGUUUCACCAUCCAGCGAGGGAUAGUUGUCAUUCCUAAAAGCGUUACCCCCGAAAGGAUCAAAGAAAACUUUCAGAUCUUUGACUUUUCUCUCACCGAAGAAGAAAUGAAGAACAUUGAAGCCUUGAAUAAAAACAUCCGCUAUGUGGAACUGCUCAUGUGGAGUGACCAUCCUGAAUACCCAUUUCACGACGAAUACUGAACAUGGAAAUUUCUUCAACGGAGUUUUUCCCCCCUCUCAUUCAAGAUCUUGAGCUGGUUAACCCCCUCCAGACGUAGAGAUAAAUGGGGUCUUGCUAUCUUCAGAUUAAGAUGAACAGAACACACCAUGAAUAACCUUUGUGUAGUAUUAACCUAGCUCUAAUGAAGAAAAAAAGAAGUUUUAAAUCUAAGUAGUUCUUUGCAAAUUAUUUUACUAAUAUCUUUAGAUCAAUGUCUUCUAGACUAUUGAUGGAAAUCAUUAAACUUGACUUCAAAAGUAGCAUAUAAAAAUAAGUUCUAACCCAUGACCCUGAGACUACCGCAGGGAGUCUGAUUUGUUUAGCCUUCAGCAGGGCAACAAAGAGAUUUGCAGUUGGCAUGCUUCCAGGUGCUGACCAUGACCUUGACUUACCAAUCGUUUGGACCAUUAGUUGCGAGAUGAACACAACCAAGACAGAAACCACAUGCCAAUAUUAAUGCAUCUUGAGUAUAGACAGAACUGGAAGUCUAGAAAUGUCCUAAAGAAAAACAUACGGGGUAGAGGUUUCUGCAGGAGUGCUUGCCUGGCAGGUUGGAGACCCAGGAUGAGGAUGGGGAGUCAGGACAAUCAGAAAAGCCAUAAUGGUUCUGUUUUUGUCGUUUGUUUCCAUCCAGUGUGCCCAUUCAGCUUUUAAUGUGCUGAAGGAUGGACAGUACUGAUUCUUUCUUAAAUUGUUUUUGUUCGGGGCGGUGGGGAGUUGAGACAGGGUCUCGUGUCAUUCAGGCUGCUCACAAACUUGCUGUGCAUCUGAGACCAGUCUUGAAUCCUGAACCCCUGAUCUCUCCUCCAUCUUUAAUGCCCUGAGCUUCCACAUGACUGAUAAGCCCUACUUGUACUGUGCUGCAAUCAUUCUUGCCCACACUCAUCAAGAAAACCACCAUGUAAGGUGACAAGAAACAAUCAAUAUAUACAAAUCAAGAAUUGUAUCAUAAAA